GAAAAAAAGUCUAGAACACUGGAAAAGCCUAUCUGUAACCUUUCUUCUUCGAUAACUUCACUACAGUACAUUUACAUAUAACAUGCAAUGUGUUUAUUAUUCGUCUAUUUUUAAUUAACUUGUACAUAAACAAUUUUAAUGUAGAUCUAGGAUACUGAUUUAUGUUAUCUCCGGAAAUAAUUUAUCAAUAAAUUUAUCUUAUAACAUGCAUCAAAGACUUAUGAUUGUAACUGCUAUGGUUUUUCUUGCUUUUAAAAUCUAGAGAAUAAAAUUGAUUUUUUAAACCACAAAUCAAUAUUAAGUCGAUGUACCAUCCCUUCCAUAUCAUGAGUUAUUUAUCAACAUAUUAUUAUGAAAAUGACAAAUGUAUACGGAUUGGUUGAUCUGGAAUAAUGACUGAUCAAACUUUUGUAUAAAUUCUAUGUUCAUGUCAAAUAUCGUUCAAAACUAUGAUGAAAUAAGAAGCUGCACAAUGAACUUCUUUGCAGCGAGAUCAUAUUUACUUUGUUUUAUCUUGAUGUAUAGUUAUGGACAACUGUUACCUUUAACUUCGGACUUUAUCAAGCAAGGCUAUGUGUCCGAGAGCAUGGAUGAAGGUGUUUUUGCUGUACACAUCCUGGAAAUAAAGUCUCUUGUAGAGUGUGCAUUGCGUUGUGGCAUGAAUUUACUUUGUAACGCUGUGGACUUUUGCUUUCUUGAUGGUUUAUACACCUGCCGAUUCCGUUAUGGACAUGCUAACCUUUCAAACACCAUUACACAGUGUGAGGCUUAUGAAAACACAGCUAGCAAAGACUGCCCGGAUGGAUUAUUCUUAAGAGCCCAAGGAAUAUGCAAAAUCAAUACUGAUAAGUGCCAGAAUGACCCAUGUCUUAACGGAGCCACAUGUACGAACACAUCCGCCUCAUUCAACUGUACAUGUGACGCCGGAUGGACCGGGAUAGCUUGUGAUGAAGAUAUCAAUGAAUGUCUUGACAAUCCUUGUCAAAACGGAGGAACAUGCAGCAACAGCGAUGGAUCUUUCACGUGUACAUGCGCUGGUGGAUUCACAGGGGCACUCUGUAAUGAAGUUCUGCCGAACAUCGCAUUAGGUAAACCUGCCACACAGUCAACAACGCAUAGAGACUAUAACGCCACGCGUGCAGUGGAUGGCAACAGAGGAACAAACGUUGAUGUAGACACGUGUACAUUAACAGAUUAUGUUGACACCAAUCCCUGGUGGAGGGUGGAUCUACAGGCUGUGUUUAACAUCACAUCUGUCAGAAUACUCAACAGCGGGAUAGAUGAAUACGGAGAUGUGUCACACUGGCUGCAUGAUGUUACCGUCACUGUAGGACUGACAGAAUCUGAUGUCAACACUCUCUGUGGUUACUUUGCUGGACCCGGUACCGCGUCACAGCUGGUCGUCAUCGACUGUCCGACAUUACCAAAGGGAAGAUUCGUUAAGAUCUCCAAGACAACCAGGCAUCUCGUUCUUUGUGAGGUUGACGUGUUUGGCGUCCCUGGCUAAUAUUCAUUCAAGCUGAUGACUAAGCUGAAAUGUUGCCGACUUCAGAUAUAUGUAUAUGUUUGCGCAUCCUGAGGAAUUGAUUAUCUGUUCUUAUUUAAUGUGACUUUUCAAAUCGCUUCAAGUUAAAAUUCUACAGCUGUUGCCUUAUUUAUACCUCUAUAUGUUUUUGCUUUUAAUGUUACAUGUCUGACUUAUUUAUAAUGCUACUUACAUUGGAUAUAACUGUGAAGCUUGUUAAUGUACCUUUAUAUUUAAUUCAACAUUUUUUAAA